AUGAACUCGACACAGCAGAUAUUCCUCUUGCAUGGGGGUCUUCUUAACAACACGAUGGACCAUAAUGAGACCAGCCUGGCGAGCAAUAGGACUGUGCCUACCUUUUGUGAACAAGUUCUUAUCAAGGCAGAGAUCUUUCUGACGCUGGGGAUCAUCAGUUUGCUGGAAAACAUCUUGGUCAUCCUCGCUAUCAUUAAGAACAAAAACCUGCAUUCUCCGAUGUACAUUUUUGUUUGCAGCCUCGCGGCGGCCGAUAUGCUAGUGAGCGUCUCAAACUCCCUUGAGACAAUUGUGAUUGCCAUUCUGGACAACCGCUACCUGAUUGUUGAUGACAGAUUCAUCCAGCUCAUGGACAAUAUCUUUGACUCCAUGAUCUGCAUUUCACUGGUGGCAUCCAUUUGCAACUUAUUGGUUAUUGCGAUCGACAGGUACAUUACCAUUUUCUAUGCGCUACGUUACCACAGCAUCAUGACUCUAAAGAAAGCCCUGUCCCUGAUUUGUGUCAUAUGGGUUGCUUGCAUUUUUUGUGGCAUCCUCUUCAUUGUGUAUUCAGAGAGCAAGACUGUGAUUGUUUGUCUCAUUAUCAUGUUCUUUACCAUGCUAGUCCUCAUGGCCACUCUCUAUGUGCAUAUGUUUAUGCUUGCCCGACUGCACAUCAAAAAAAUCGCGGCAUUGCCUGCUGAAGGUGCCGUGCAGCCCAGAACGUGCAUGAAAGGUGCCAUCACCAUUACUAUUCUCCUUGGUGUAUUCAUUUGCUGCUGGGCUCCUUUCUUUCUUCACCUCAUCCUUCUAAUCACAUGCCCCAAGAACCCUUACUGUGCUUGUUACAUGUCACACUUCACUACCUACUUGGCCUUGAUCAUGUGCAAUUCUGUCAUUGAUCCCAUUAUCUAUGCUUUUCGCAGUCUGGAAAUGCGCAAAACCUUCAAAGAGUUAAUAUGUUGCUAUGGAAUGAGCUUUAGCAUUCAUUGUAAAAAUUAG